GUGUGCGCAUGUAAAUGCUAGCUGGUUACAAGCAUAGACAGGACGCUAAUAAACUGUUCUUACCAAAAUUACUAGUUUCGAGUUUGACCAUAUGAUUAGCCAAUUGUAUUUGCAUUAUAGUCUAUUUUUUCAUAAGUAAAAAUAACAUAAUACACCAAGAAGAUAACUAGCUACCUAACGUUUGGUACAUGCUGGAAAGACAAAACUUUAUAAACAACAGAAACAUUUGUACAAGUACGGAAUUGGUUUGUGUUUCCGGGGAACAUACUGAGCAGACACUCUACAGCGGCCGACCGAUUGAAAGUCUCCACUGAUGUACCGAUGUGGCUGUCAGGGUUCGCCCGCCCACAUUUUCUUUUCGUUUUUGACAGAACUAUGAUGUGAUUGCUGUGAUGAUGCAGCGCCCCGAGAAGGUGUCGGUACCCGUGUAUACAGCGGUUGAUAGGGAGAUUUUCCUGACAGCGAUUUACCCAAUGCGCACUCCCGCUGUGCUAAGGGGUGUCUCCCUUGGGCCUUGCCUUGACAAGUGGACAGUGGAUUACCUUAAAAAAAAUGGUGGUGACAGGGAGGUUAAAAUCCAUGUGUCUCCUGUACCACAAAUGGACUUCCUUCGCAAGAACUUCCUGUACAGGACUUUGCCAUUUGAUGUGUUUGUCCAGAGAGCUGCAGAGACAAAACACCCUGAUUUCUUCAUCUCUGAGGAGGAGAGUUAUUACUUGCGUUCUCUAGGAGAAGACCCACGUAGGGAGCCUGCUGAUCUGAGGAAGCAGUUCCCAGGAUUGGCGGAGGACUUCUCUAUCCCAGGGUUCUUUGAGCCAGAGCAGUUUUUCUCCUGCGUGUUUCGCAUUAGCUCCUGUGGCCUACAACUGUGGACACACUACGAUGUGAUGGAUAACCUGCUGGCCCAGGUGAGUGGGCGGAAACGUGUAGUUCUGUACAGUCCUCAAGACGCGGAGCACCUCUAUCUGUCAGGUGACAAGUCGGAGGUUCUGGAUAUCGAUUCCCCUGAUCUUCAGCAGUACCCCAAGUUUGUGAAGGCCAGGCGGUACGAGUGUGUGCUCGAGCCAGGAGACCUCCUCUUUAUUCCUGCUCUGUGGUUUCACAACACCCUUGCUCUGCAGUUUGGGGUCGGUGUCAAUGUGUUCUGGCGCCACUUGAAGGCUGAAAGCUAUGACAGGAAAGACCCUUACGGGAACAAAGACCCCGUGGCGGCCGCCAAGGCCAUGCAGGGGCUGGAGCGUGCACUGCAGGCCCUGGAGGAGCUGCCACCUGACUACCGCGACUUUUACGCCCGUCGCAUGGUCCUCCGUAUCCAGAGCAGUGCUUACUCCCCCAAGCCAGAGGGGGCAGUGCGGGGAUGCAGCCCCACUGAAACACUGACUGCCAGCGAUGCAAAGACUUCAGUUCCCAGUAGCCAGAUCUCUCACCAGGAUUGACCACUUUGCCUUCAUCAUGAUAACAAUCAAAUCAUCUGUUAAAAUUCUAAGAUGUCAGGUUUCUCACCUUAUUUAUUUUGAUGUACCAUGUAACGAAAUACAUAAGGCCCUUGGGUCUCACUAUCCAAAUAAGCACUAUCCCAGAGCAAUGUAAUAUCAUGCUCAAAUUCUUGGCCCAAUCUCCAGCUGUUUCCACUCUCCCAAUUAAGCAUAGCACUAUGCAGUGCUCAUGGAAAUAAUUUAUAUUUAAGUACUGAGGCCAUACACCAUAAAUACCGUUGACCCCAUUUCUCUUACAUCUAACUGCCCAUUGGCCGGUUUGUUUAUUUCUGAGCCACCAUCGUAACAGCUGUAAAAUAAUGUUAGCCUUGUAAUUUGACAGCAUCAGCAAGUGGCGCUAUGAGCAAUUGCUCUCAAGUGGUCGAAAGCAAAGGAACGAAAUCCAGAUUUACUUUUAAGAACUUUUGCCAAAACAGCCAGGAACACUGUCACAGAUCAUUGAAUAAAAAUGCAUAUUUGCUGUCAGAAAAUAAACUAUACUUAUUUUCUAAAAUGGAUUUGGAGUCAAUUUCAGGAAUGGAUCUUUCAUCACUCACUGUGAUUUGAUGGGGAGAUUGCUUUCUGCCAUUUAAGCUCUCGCAUUUUUAGUUACAGGUUUGAAAAGGUUAAGUCGUAAUGGGGGAAAGAUAAUAAAAUACUGUACAGCACGCCACUGCCUGCCCCCUUGCAGCCUGCUGGCGGACAGUUGAGCCAUGCAUUUAAGAUGAGCGGAGUUUUGAGAACUGUUAAUACAAAAUAAUUGUUCAAGGCACUAGUUUGCCACUUUAGACAGCUUUUUAAAAUCAACUUUAGAUCCAAAUAUAAAUCAGUAUUAUUAAGUAAAAUCUUUGGAAAAAGUAGUUUUUAUGUGUUAACCAUGAUGGAAAUCGCAUUUUAGAGAAAUGUCCGUCAGGCUUUCAAACAAAUCAAAGUACGGAGAAGGCCAUAGUGAAAAUGAUAAAUGACCGCAGGUUCAAGUUUAAAUCUUUUUAUCCAGAAAAUGAGUUUAGCAUUGCAUAGUAGGCCAAAAUAUAUUCAUAUCAACUCACAAAGUGCGCGGUCUUUCUGGCAGAUUUCUUCUGUACACAAAUAUAACCGGGAGACAGUAUUCACAGUAGCCUACUUGCGUGACCACGUAUCAAAGAAUUUGGAAAUUACAUAUAGAAUUGCAAAAGUACUAGUAUUCCUGGGCCGCUAUUUAUUGGGCGAUAUCAUAAUGUUAAUUGGCAUUUGUACGUAGAAGACAGACAACUGGGAACCAAACAACCCUAAUGCGUUGAAUGCUAACUGCCUACCAUUCUAUCAUAAAUGUCAGAAUCA